AUGGUGUUCACCGAUCUUCAUACCGACGCCGGGCUCGCCACCCUGAGCUAUUGGCUAUCCACUCGUUCAUACAUUACCGGGUACACCGCGUCGCAAGGCGACGUCGCUUGCUUCAAGGCGCUCAAGUCAGCCCCGGACGCUGCCAAGCUCCCUCACGUGGCGCGCUGGUACAAGCACAUCGCGUCGUACGAGGACGAGUUCCCCACGCUGGCCGGCGACGCCACGAAGCCUUACACGGCAUAUGGGCCUGAUGAGGCCGAGCUGGCGUUGAACGAGGCCAAGGCGUCCGCCGCCGCCCCUGCUGCUGCCGCCCCUGCCGCCGCCGCAGAUGACGAUGACGACGACAACCUGUUCAGCAGCGACGAGGAGGAUGAGGAGGAGGCGCGCGCCCGCGAGGAGCGCCUGGCCGAGUACCGCAAGAAGAAGGAGGCCAAGCCUAAGACCAUUGCCAAGUCGAUUGUGACCAUGGACGUCAAGCCUUGGGAUGACGAGACCGACAUGGCCGGUCUUGAGGCUGCGGUCCGUGGGAUCGAGAAGGAUGGCUUGGUCUGGGGUGCAUCCAAGCUUGUCGCUGUCGGGUUCGGUAUCAAGAAGCUGCAGAUCAACUUGGUGGUUGAGGACGAGAAGAUCUCCCUGGAAGAGCUCCAGGAGGAGAUCGAGGAGAUCGAGGACUUCGUCCAGUCUUCUGAUAUCGUCGCCAUGCAGAAGCUUUAA